AUGUCUUCAGCCUCGGGAAGUGAUUCCUACCACACGGUUACUGACCACACAGAGAGUGACGAGGAUGAUCCCAACAGCUGGGGACAGAAGCCGCGAAGGGGUGGCUGCAGGUGUCCACCGUUCUGCACUGCUAGCCGCGUCUGCCACGUGUGCUAUAUCUGCCAGCUUUGCUUGUACCUGCUGGUCUUCCCGUUGUGGACGAAGUGGCUUGUGACUAGUCCAAUGCCAACCCGUUAUUGGCAUCAGGAUUUUCCCAGCUGGCCGGUGAUCGCGUCCCCUGCGGGUCGGUCAAUUGCCCUGGAAGCACAGGGCAGGGCUAUCGACAUGACACCGCUCCCAAUGGACUCGCGCAGCUGCAACUAUUCCUGCUUCUCGAAAGGCAACUCUGGUGACACGGCUUCUGUCGGCUUUGAGGUUGGUCUCACGUUGAACGACCCUCUGCUGAUCAAGAAAAACAUCUACGCGGUGUAUCCGGUUCUUCUGGCAUCCGAGAACUUUCAGGAUUGGUGGGUAGCUGCAGACAGACGACAUGCUCAUCCAACUCCUUUUUGGAGAUCACGUACUGCUACUGAAAUGGGCAUCUAUACAUACGUAUCAGAGGCGUGUACCAAACCGCCGCAGAAGCGGACGGACGUAUCUGAGGUGCUGGGAGGAGUCUACGUCCUUGCAUGUGUGACCUGGAGUCCUGAAAGCUUCAAAAAGCUGUCAGCUGCCACGACAUUGACCAUGGAUGAAGUUGGCUCUCUGUGUACCUCCGCUGGUGGCGUGUGCGGAUGGAGCUGCGGGGCAGAGGUGCCCUCGGAUCGGCUCCCCGGCUGCGUUGACCACCGCAUUGCAGUGACAUCCAACAGCAUCGCGGGGCUCUUUGUCUCAGAGGCCAACUUCAAGGGCAAGGUUGAGGUCCAGGAGUGCUCGAGCGGGAAGUGGGAGCAUGGCUCGUGCAUGACCACGCCGAACAACUUCCAGCACUGGCAAUGCCAGGAGUGUCGUUACAACCCGAACCCUGUUGGAAGCGAUAUGGACAUGGGCUUGGAUGAUUCGGCAGAGCGAGAGCGUAUCUACACAUCUCUGCCGCGCUUCAAAGUCCUGCUCACCAACGUGGAGUCUCCUGAGGGAGAUGUGUUCAACCAGCCACGAAUUUUCCUUCUCAGCUCAACGGUCAAGCAGACUGGCAUCUGGAAGAAAUUGUACAUGCCAGAUACCGGCAAGUAUGAACUCCCAGUGCCGGUAGCGGUGCCGACAAAGUCGCCAGAUGACAUGGAGGACGAGGAGGACGGCUCCACUGUGACCGAGGCAUACACAAAACAGGCUAUGGUUUUGAUGGAGCCUAGUCGGCUGGACAUUGACCCUGGCUGGUGCUUCGGGCAACAAGGACCUUUGUACCUCGUGGCUUGCGCUGUGAAUGCCAGUCUUUAUGAAGAUCCGAACUUUGGCAAUUUCACAGCAGGCCAGCGCGUUGCGCCGCCGCCCUUCAACGACCGCUGUGUGGCCGUAUCAGGGCGCUGUGGCGGUGCAUGCCAGUCCUGGAAUACGGAGCAGCUGCAAAGUUGCACUGCCGACGGCUACAUCGAACAGGCAGCCCUUGUGGAGCAUAUUCCACCGCAGAAGAAUGAAAUGAUGGCAGUUUGGCUUGUGGCGUUCUUGCUGCUGCUGGGCUUUGCGGUGAAGGUGGCUGUUCUUUGCCCGGGUAUCUUUCGUUCCUACAAGCACUACCGAAGGUUCCAUCCCGAGCUCACCCAGCAGCUGCGCUACAUUGCGGUGGUUGUGAAUACAAAGGAUGAGGCUCCCAGCAUUGUCCUGCGUAGUUUGAUCGGUGCUGUCAGCGCAUUGCCAUCAGACUGUGGCUGCCGAUACCAUGUGGCACUUCUUGAUGAAGGUCACCGCGCGCAACAGAAAGCACUAUGGAUAAAGCUCUGCGAGAUCUUGCAGGCUAUUCCAUCAGGAUCUGGCUUCCAGGCCUAUGAUGAGAGCGUGCGACAGUUCUUUCAUGUUUGGGUUGAAGAGACGAACAAGCUGAGAUUUGAAGACCUGCGCCAAAGCUUUUACGCUGACAAGUCGCAGGCCACCUUAGAGAAGCUCAGCGGCCAGGAAGUCCUAAAAAAGCUGCGGAAAGCGUGGGGCUGGCAGCGAGUCAGCUGUGCCGCGCUGGAAUCUGCAAUAGCUGGCCUCCAGGAAGAGCUCCUGGCUCCAGGUCCACAUAAGAACAAAUCCUAUUUGGAUGACCUGGUGGACUGGACGCCCGCAAAUGUAGACAGCAUUGCGCUGCGCCUUCACUACCUGGCCAGGGCGAAUCCUCCAGAGGAUGAAAGGACCCUGAAGACGCAGCACGUGGCCCCUGGUACUUGGUACUAUGAGGUGCCGCAAGGAACUGGCAACGACCAGUGGCUGUCUUGCCGGUCAAAGGCCAUACAGAUGCUGCAUGGUCUUGAAGAGAUGGAUACAAGCAAGCUUCAGAUAGCACUUCGUGCCAGUCGUGGCAAAGCAGGUGGCCUUAACUUUGCAGCCAACUACUUUUUCGUUUAUGCUGGUCGCGCCCGAAACCUCUACGGAGACGACAGGGAUCUGCAGCCAGCCCUGUUCAGUGUUUGUGAUGCUCGACAUCAGUUUCAAACAGACUUCUAUCAUUCCACCAUCCCGUAUUUCUUCGACCUGCAAGCAAAUCUGAACAGAAAUGUCCGCUUUUGCCAGUGCCCGAAAUAUUUUCCACAUGUACAGGAUCGGGCAGAUUAUUUGGAUAACAACGAUGCACAAUAUUUCCGUCUCAACUGCAUGAUCCAUAACUGCUGCGGCGGCGUCAGUGCCAGCAGCACCAACAGCACCUGGCUCUUAAAUCGAAGGGAGCCAGAAGAGCACGACACUCUCAUUUGGGAGUUAGAGAAGAGCACUGUCCGCAACAGUCGGACCAAGCACAGACACAAGGAAUACAUUGAAUUCCUCACAUUUCCUGAAACCUGCGCUGCCGAAGAUGCAGCCUUUAGCUUGAAAAAGAUAGUGAAUGGCAAUCGGUCGCACUUCAUUAGUAGGCGGCUGUCCUACGGCCUCGCGCUGACACCGGAGGAGCAUCUCAUCGCGGUGCAGAAGAGCAUCCAAGCCAACUUCGUCCUGUCCCUGCAGAGCUUCUUUCGCUGUCAGUCAGGACUGGUGUCGCUUUGGACGACUUUCAUUGCUUUCGCUUGCUUCCUUGCUUCUCUGUUCUGGUUGGUCAUAAAGGCCGACCUCGAAUGGAAGGUUGUUGACUGGGGCUGGCUCCCCAAGGAUGCCUACAGCACAGUUAUGCAACCUAUAAGGAGCUGGAGCCAGGAUGCUGCAGAAACUUUGAACAUGUUCUUUUCAUACGACGAAGAGUGGCUCCAGAGCUUUAUUAUCAUCACUCUGCAGAUCGCGGUCUGGGUGGCAAGCUUGGGAGCCUGGCUCCUGCUGAUUGCAAUCGUCACCCAGACAUGCAAAGUGAUUCAACGUUGCUGCUUGAACUGCGGAUCGGUUUGGCCCGAUGAAAUGAGAUGGUGGGGCAGGCUGCUUAUUAUGGUCUCCAACCUCUCACAUUUUCUUUGGUGCUGGGUGCCGUUCUUUUGGAUAGGUUUCAACUUUUACAACGUUUUCAGUGGCAGAGACUUCCAUUACCCGCCAAUUUUAAUGUUCAUCUUCACGCUCAUCCUGCAGGUUUUGAACUGGGGUCUCAUGGGCGCAAGUUGCAUGCGCCACUCCCUGGAAGCGAGUAUGGAAGCAAAUGAAGUGGCUAUGCUGACGAUCGACAACAUUUGGAGGUCCACGCAGCGAUACUACAUCACCGCUCCGUUGGUGAUAUACUCCAUGGUGGAGGGCUUGCAAGAUGUCUUUCGAUAUCAUCUGUAUGGCCAAGACGUCACAGUGAAUGAGGCAUCAGGGAAGAUUGCAGUGCACCUCGUCAAGUACUGGACUCUCUUGCUGGAGAUUCUGGCGAUAGCUGCGUGGAUCUGCUUCUGCAAUCUGGUCUCUAUAGAGAGUGAAGGUGGGCUCUCCUCUUUGAUCAUCGUCACGGUGAUCGCAUUGGAUGUUCUGCAUCCCUGCGCGUAUUUGUGGGUUGGCGAGACGAAGAUGACGCCAGCAAAGGCAAGCUCUCUCUCUUGGUACCAGGCUUUGACAACUUGGGAAUGGUGGGAGCGUCUGCUGCAUGAUUUGAUUCUCAAUGACUUCGUAGCAAGUAUCUUGAAGUGGCUGGGGCCGGCCUGGAUGAUUGCCAUGCCUUUGCUCACCCUGCUCAUGCCGUACAUUGGUGUUAACCAAGAGGUCCCCAAACAAGGCUCUCAGCAAACUGACGGCACGCUGCUGCGACACUUCCAAGAAGCGAUCUUCAUGCCGCGGCUUGUGGCCAAUGCUGUGAGAGUCGUGGACGCUGGCAAUUUGAUGCUCGGUUGUUCAAUUGUGGUGGCUACCCUAGUUCAGGCGGGCUAUCACUUCACAGCAACGAUAGACGGUGACAUCUUGGCCGAGAAUGCCCGACCAAACUGGACAAUCGACGAGCUUGCGGGGAAUGUGGCCAGCAACGACGACCGGAUUAGCAUUGCACAUGUCAAGAUAACGGCGCCAACAAGUGAGCCGUGGCUGACGUUGCACUAUGACGAGUGGAUGUGUGUGUUGACGGGCCGCAUGGUGCUAUUGCACGGAGACGGCGCCAGCAUGGAGGUCUUGGCUGGGCAGACCGUCUUCAUCGAGAAAGGCGAGAGGUUUCAGCCGACCUUUCCCGACGGUGGGACAGAAUACAUCCCGGUGUGCUUGCCAGCCUUCCGACCAGACCGCUGCAUUCGUGAAGAGGAGGCGGACAGUGCGGUGAGCACGAAGCUGCAGCAGCUGCAUGGAGGUCGGGCUGAUAUCUGA